UUUUUUUUCCUUUUUUUUUGGCUGGGCUGAUACCCUCAAAGCUGGCCGAGGAGGAGGAGGGAGGAGGCGGUAACAGCCACAACUCGGAAUUUGCAAGCGAGUGUCGGGAUGGGGUCUGUUUCCAACCAGCAGUUUGCAGGUGCGAAGCCGGGCGAGGAGCCGGCUGGAGACUCGCCCAAGCCCGAGAACGAAUCCCAGCCACUGCACGGCUCCGGCAUCUGUAAGUGGUUCAACGUCCGCAUGGGCUUCGGCUUCCUCUCCAUGACCGCCAAGGGCGGCGCGACCCUGGACUCUCCCGUCGAUGUCUUCGUGCACCAGAGCAAGCUCCACAUGGAGGGUUUCCGCAGCCUGAAGGAGGGCGAGGCUGUCGAGUUCACCUUCAAGAAGUCAUCCAAAGGUUUGGAGUCCAUCCGGGUGACCGGCCCGGGGGGCGUCUUCUGCAUCGGCAGCGAGAGGAGGCCCAAGGGCAAGAGCCUCCAGAAACGCAGAUCCAAAGGAGACCGAUGCUACAACUGCGGCGGGCUGGACCACCACGCCAAGGAGUGCAAGCUCCCACCACAGCCCAAGAAGUGCCACUUCUGCCAGAGCAUCAGCCACAUGGUCGCCAACUGCCCCGCGAAAGCACAGCAGUCCCCCAGCUCCCAGGGGAAACCUGCCUACUUCCGAGAGGAGGAGGACAUGCACAGCUCGGCCCUCCUCCCUGAGACCCGGGAAUGAUGGUGGGUGGCAGGGAGAGGGGGGAUUCCACCGGGAUGAAAAGGCUUUGGCAAGGCAAGGGG